UCUUAUUUUUUGUUUUGUUUUGAAAUGCUGUGUUUUUCUUUUCUUUUUUGUUUUCUUUUUAAGUUUUUUCUACUUCUGGCAGUCGUCGUUGUAUCUUCAGCUGCAAUUACUCCAAAUCCACAAAAUGGCGUUAAUUGGUUAAGCAGUAUUGGGGGAGAAACUAAAAAACAUUCAGAACUUUCAGCAAAGAAUAGUUUAAAUUUAAAUAUUCCUUUUAAUGAACAACAAUAUUUUGAUAAAAGAAAUAAUGUUUGUAUUACUUCUUCUAAUUCAUUUCAACAUUCUUCUUGGCAAUCUACUACUUCAUAUCAACAACAACAACAACAAACAUUUCUUCGCCACCAAAAUCGUUCAGAAAUUGAAGAAAAAAUAUUAAUUCCAAUUCUUCCUAUUGAAAUAAGUAUUGUUGAACCAAUUUUACGUUUUUUACAAUUACUUUGUGAAAAUCAUAAUUCUACUUUACAAAAUUUUUUGCGUACUCAAAGAGGAAGACCAGACUUUAAUUUAGUAUCAGAAACUCUUACAUUUUUAGAUUGUAUUUGUGGAAGUACAAAAGGAAGUCUUGGAGUAUUUGCAGAAAUUGGGGAACAUAGUAUUCUAACAGAAUUUUGUCAAGGUCCUUGUCAUGAAAAUCAAAAUGCUUUAGCUAGACAUGAAAGUAAUGGAAUGGAUAUUGUUAUAUCUUUAGUACUUAAUGAUAUUAGACCUUUGGCAGAUCAAAAAAUGGAAUUGGCUUUAGAAAUUAAAAGUCAAGCCUCUAAACUUUUGUUAGCCAUAAUGGAAUCUAGAGAUGAUUCUGAAAAUGCUGAUCGUGUUCUUCGUUUAAUGGCCCAUAGCGGCACAAGUACAAGUACUUCCUCCUCUUUAUCUUCCUCAUCAACUAGCGGGGGCGCUAAACAAUUAAUUAAAGCAAUUGGGCAUGCUUAUUCAAUGUCUUCAACAUAUUCCCCCUCCCCUUCUUUUUCUUCUACUCCUGGACAGGCAUUAGAAGUUGCUAAUCAUUUACAGCAACAACAACAAAUAUUUACAAAAAAUAUUUCUGAAAACAAAAAAGGAGGAUUUAAAUAUUUAAUUUCUUGGAUUUGGCCUUUUUCUAAAAAUAAUUUAAAUAAACCAGAAAUUUGUUUAUCUUCUAAUGGAAAUAAUUUAAAGAAUAGUAAUAAAGAAGAAAAAGACAAAAUUAAAGACAAAACUACUUUAUUAACAACAUCUACUACAACUUUAGUUGACCCUAAAGAAGUUGGCCACAAUAUAUUUAUUUUAGCCCAACAAUUAGGUCGACAUAGUAAAGAAUUAAAUUGGCAUCUUUGCCCAGAAAAUGCAACAAAUGAAAAUAUUAAAAAUGCUUUAACAUUUUAUCAGCAACAUACUGGACAAAUUGAAAUUGUUCGUUCUGAUCGAAAAAUGGAAAGAGUACUUUUUCCAAUUAAUGAUAUUUGUGGGUUUUUAACUGAUGAAACAAAACAUUCAGUUUUUGUAAAUACCGAAAAGGAUGCACAAGGAUCGAAAAUUUCUGAUUUUUUUGAUAAAUGGCCUAAUUUAUAUAAUGAAAUGAAAUGGCAAAAAAAAUUACAAAAUAGACAAUUAUUAAGUUAUUUCACUAAACGUUUACAUAUUUGGUCAAGAAUUUGUUUCUUCUUGUCUGUUCUUCUUAAUUUAAUUUUAGCAAUUUCCUAUCCAUUUGAACAUUCACAAAAUUUUGGACAAUCACUAUUCUUGAGUGCUGACAAUCCUUUUAUUUAUUUAUCUUUUUUGGUUGCUCUUUUAUAUUUUUUCUUUUGUUGUUCUCCUGAAUGGCAUUCUGUUGGAUUAUCCUUUUGUUCACAAAUUAGUUUAUUUUUGGCCAUGUUUUCAUCGUCAAUUUUAUCAACAGCGCUUUUUGGAUUAUUACCAACACUUUGGAUUUUGGGUACUUUACAAUUUGUUGUCAAAUGUAUCCACAUAACUAGUUAUUCAGGCAAUAAAGGAUUUGUGGAAGACCAUAAUUGGAAACAAAUAUUUUCUGAUUCAACAUUUUUAUAUCAUUUGGCUUAUUUAAUUUGUUGUUUGUUAGGACUUUUAAUCCAUCCAUUUAUUUAUUCUUUAUUGUUAUUUGAUGUUAUUGCUUGUGAAGAAACACUUCAAAAUGUUAUUAGAUCAGUUACUCGUAAUUGGCAAUCUAUAUUUUUAACUGGUCUUUUAGCAUUAAUUUUAGUUUAUCAUUUCUCUAUUAUUGGGUAUUUAUUUUUUCAAAGAGAUUUUCGAUUAGAAGUACAUAAAUUAACGGAUUCUGAAGAAGAAAUUGGAAAUAAAUGUUUAAAUCAAAAUAAUUAUUUUUAUAAAAAUUAUUUAAAAGAAGAGGAAAAUAAACAAAAAUGUGAAGAAAAAAAUAAUUUAAUUGAAGAAGAUGAUGAAUUAGAAUUAAAAGUACCUUCUUGUGAGACACUUAGAAUGUGUAUCUUAACAACACUUAAUUGGGGACUUAGGAAUGGAGGUGGAAUUGGUGAUGUUUUGAGAAGUGUUAGUCCACAUGAGCCUUAUUUCUUUUGGAGAAUUUUGUAUGAUAUGACUUUUUAUAUUGUUUUAAUUAUUAUUGUUCUUAAUUUAAUUUUUGGAGUAAUUAUUGACACUUUUGGUGAUUUGAGAACAGAAAAAAAUGAAAAAGAAUUUACUUUGAGAAAUACUUGUUUUAUUUGCGGAUUGGAAAGAGGAAAAUUUGAUAAUAAAUCAGUUCAAGUAACUUUUGAUGAGCAUAAUGAAAGGGAACAUAAUCUUUGGCAUUAUAUUUAUUUUAUUGUUUGGUUACAAAUUAAGGAUGAAACAGAAUUUACUGGACCUGAAAGUUUUGUAUCUAAAUGUGUUAAAAAUCAUAAUAUGGAUUGGUUUCCAAGAAUGCAAGCAAUUUCUUUACAAAAAGAAAAUGAAAAUAAUUUGGAAGAAAUUGAGAAUAAUAAUAUACAAAAACAGCAAAUAUUACAAUUAGAAUUAAAUAAUUUAAGAGAACAAUUACAACAAAAUCAAUCUUUACUUAGAGAAUUUGGACAAAGAAUGCAGGAAUUACAUCAAUUAUUAAUUAUUGAUCAACAACAAAAUUAAAAAUAAAUAAAUAAUAAUUAAUGCCAAAGACUGCCAUUUAUAGGAAUAUAUUAAUUUAAAUUAAAAUAUAAUUUUAUGACAAAAAUUUAACACAUCUUUUUCUUAAUAACUCCAAAAACAAAAUUACUUAUUUCCAUUCUUUUGCCAUUAUUAUUUAAUUUUAAAUCUUGCCUUAACCAAAAGUUGAAUUUUUUGUAGCCUUCCUCAG